AUGGCUCGCGCUCUCUCCGUCGCCCUUGCAAUCUUCGUCGGUGCAAUCCUGGCACUGUCUUUCGCUCAAGCAACGAGCGCCGAGGCGGCAGGCGUCGUCACAGCAGAAAACGCGGCGAGUACCGCCCUGCUCGAAGAAGUGCCGCGCGAGGCGCAGCGCCAUCGCAAGCUCAUUGAGUCAUUCGGCGAUGCUUCCUCAUGCCAGGCGGAGCGCGCGGUGAAAGUUCAAAGGUGCUACUCAGUGUACAAGAAUUAUCCUACCGCAGCCGCGAACUGCGCUCGCAACGUUCUGGGGAUGAACUUCUGCCCUGGCGAUUCGCAAUCGCCUCAAGAUGGUGCACAAGGGCCUCACCUGUGA